GAAGCAUUUAGUUCUUGGAAUACAUAUUCCCUGUGAAACGUUUUAAUAAGGUUCCUGGACUGUUAACUUUCCACAUGAUUUGGAUCUAUCAGAAGGACUUCAUCAAGGUCAUCAUAAUUAAAGCAGCUUCUUGAGGCGGAGGCGUAAUUUCAUCAAAGCUUAAGCAUAUGUCCACUGUGCACUGGUUGAAUGUGAUCUGAUGUAACCAGUUCCUGCCUUUGAAGCUUUGACCAUGGAAACUUUGUCAAGACCACAGCGGGUGAAAAUGGUUGUAUCUUCUUUUUUCAAAAUCCCCCUCCUCUUUCUGCUUCUUUACCUCUUUGUAUGCUCCCUUGACAUUUUAAGUUCUGCCUUUCAACUAGCUGGCGGCAGGGUAGCUGGGGAUAUCUUCCAGGAAAAUGCUAUUCUGUCUAACCCAGUGGCAGGGCUGGUGGUGGGGAUACUGGUGACAGUGUUAGUCCAGAGCUCUUCCACCUCUACCUCCAUUAUAGUCAGCCUUGUUUCCUCUGGUUUGCUGGAUGUACAGUCGGCUGUUCCUAUCAUCAUGGGCUCCAACAUUGGAACAUCUGUCACUAAUACCAUUGUUGCCCUGAUGCAGGCUGGGGAGAGAGAGGAGUUUGAAAGGGCAUUUGCUGGAGCGACGGUCCACGAUUGUUUUAACUGGCUCUCUGUCUUGGUGCUUCUCCCUCUGGAAGCUGUGAGUGGGCUGUUGAGACGACUGUCACAUGCUGCCGUCGACACACUACAUCUCAGCAGUGGAGAAGACGCACCUGAACUUCUAAAAGUCCUCACUCAACCACUGACUAAUUUAAUAAUCCAGCUGGACAAGUCAGUCAUUACCGCCAUCGCUACAGGAGACCAGAGCAUGAGGAACAAGAGUUUAGUGAAGAAAUGGUGUCAAACCACAGUGAUCAAGGAAAAUGAAACAUCGUGGGGAACGCACAACUUUUCUCAACAAAUGCAGAAAUGCAGGCAUCUAUUUGUGGACUGCUCUUUGUCAGACUUGGUCAUAGGUCUGAUCCUGCUGACGUGCUCUUUGGUGGUCCUGUGCAGCUGCCUGAUACUGCUGGUUAAAGUGCUCAACUCCUUGCUGAAAGGCCAGGUGGCGAAUGCUAUUAACAAUGUGGUUAACACAGACUUUCCUUAUCCUUUUACCUGGUUGGCAGGUUAUGUGGCUUUACUAGUAGGAGCUGCAAUGACCUUUUUGGUUCAAAGUAGUUCUGUCUUUACAUCUGCCAUCACUCCAUUGAUAGGGAUCGGUGUCAUAAAUAUUGAAAGAGCCUACCCUUUAACCCUGGGGUCCAACCUUGGAACCACUACUACAGCUCUGCUGGCCGCACUGACCAGUCCUGGAGAUAAGCUAGCAGCUGCCACACAGGUUGCUUUAUGUCACUUUUUCUUUAACCUCCUUGGUAUCCUAUUAUGGUAUCCUGUACCCGCCACUCGGUUACCCAUACGAAUGGCCCGAGCUCUUGGCAAGCGCACUGCCAGGUACCGUUGGUUCGCUGUCCUCUACCUCCUCCUCUGCUUUCUGCUCUUCCCAUCCUUGGUAUUUGCCCUCUCCAUGGCUGGUUGGAAGGUGAUGACUGCGGUUGGUGUACCAGUCAUUAUAAUGAUCAUAUCUUUUGCUACUGUAAACAUCCUCCAAGUACACAGACCUGAUUGUUUGCCAGUUAGACUACAAAACUGGGACUUUCUUCCCAUUUGGAUGACCUCAUUGCAGCCUCUGGAUGACCUCAUUACCAGAAUGAUCGUGUGUUGCAGGCAAAGUAGAGGCUGGGGCUUUAAGGAAGAUAACAGACCUGUAACAUCGUUGGAGAGCGCUGCUGCUAACUCUGAAGGAAGCAUAAGGGGACAAUUGAAGCUAAAUGGAGAAAACCAAGAAACUGCUGAAAGUGGGAUAAAACAAAGAGAAUUAAACAAUCCUGGAUGUUCUGGUUUACAAUAUAAUGAGGACAAUAAGAAAGAAAAUGCAAACAACAUGCCUUUAGGGGGCAGCAUGCGUCACACCGAAGAGAAAGACACAAUCUUUAAUAAUCAAGACAUUUAUCUUUAUAGCACUCAGUUGUAGUGCCAUUACUGUGUCUGACACAUCUACAAGCACCUUGUGUCAAAGCCUGCAAGAAUGUCAUUUACUAAAGCGUGUUUCCACUGUGGUCUGAUUGAUUUUAACCUUAUAAAUCAGAAUCAGUGUAAACCUCAAAGAUCACACCAAGACAGCAGAAUAAACAUCACUUCAAAGAUAUCAAGAAACAACUCAAAAGUGGACAAGUGGGGAUGUGAUUUGUUUCAUGGUUAAAAUGGAAACUAUCUGGAGCUUUUAUUAAAUUUUCUUUUUUGCUCUGUUUACACAUAUAGCUUGAUCCUGCGAGCUUUUCUACUGCUGCUAAUGUAGCAACAUAAAGACAUAAAAGUUGUGUUUUUUAUUUCUUACUAUCAACUCUUAAUCUUACAUUGUUUAGCUUUGUAAAUGACAAAGUUAACAGACCCUGUGUGUAGAUAAGCUAUUGUUUUAAUCUUGCCAUGUUUCUCAGAGAUAUAUGUGAGGUGUGUUGAAUAUUAAGACAAUGAUUUAUUGGUAUUAGAUAAACAUGCAAGAUGAGAAGCAUAUGAAAGAAUCUGAGCAAUUCCUUUUAAGACUUUAGAUGUGCUGCUGUUUAUGACACAUUUACCUGCAAAUGAUCCAGGAACAACAUGAACACCAACUACAAAUUCAAACCCUUAAAGGACAACAGAAAAUACGUUUACUAAGCAUUGCAUUUUAAAUGUCUCUUGUGAGUUUCUUAGUGCUGUUAAAAAAAAUAAAAGAACAAUAACAAGAGAAAACUAUUUUUGAAGAAGGUUGAUCAUUGGGGAAACAGCAUCACAACAAACUGACUGAACUAUAAAUAAAUAACCUAAAUGUAAAGGAUGUCUGAAAUGUUUCCGUUUUGGCAACACCAAUGCAAGUAAAACCUGUAGUAGAGUUUUAUAAACAGGAAUGCAAAAAAUAGUUGCAAGCAGAUACUGUAUAAAUGUCUAUAACUCAAGCUAUACCAUAGAUGUAGUAAAAACCGUAAUAUGUAUCUUUGAGAUGUAGUGAAAUAAAAGUAUAAGAUGUUGAAAGGUGGGUAGGGUUUUGAACAUACACAUCUAUUUCAGAUUUCUAUGAGACUCUUUAGUAUGACAUCUUGUUUGUGGCAAGUUAAUAAACUGAAGAACUGCUGUACAGAUGUGGUAAAAAUGAUUUGGCCAGUGAUUUGUUCCAUAGGCAGCGGGGAUGGUUAUGUAAUGUCCCUUUAAUUACUGUGUUGAUACGAUGAAAAGAAAGUGAGCAAAUGUAUCUGAAUAUUCAGAGUAAAGAUGCAUGGUGAACUACAAAUUUAGCCCAGAAUAUGUAUUUGAUAUUUUAGGACACUAGAUUUUCCUGAGAAGAUCAUUGAAAUUAGAAUGGAGCCAAAUAAAAUUUAGAUUAAUUAGUGUAAAACAAAACAAUAAUUUAAGUUCUGGAGGGUUGCUGUUGGCAGGCCGCCUGCACCUUUUUGUUUUACAGCAGAUCAAUACAAAGCCUCAUUAAACACACUGCUGUUUGUUCACUGUGUUGUGUAGGGGAUGUGGAGAAUUAUCCAUUAUGUUCAGCAACUUCUGAAGUUUUAUGAUCGUUAUUUCUAA